UGGAAAUUGUAAUAAGGCCAAUCGACAAACAGUAGCAGAGAGCGCGUGUCGUGCUAAUUAAUUUAAAAAUGGAUCUCAUAACCGUGAACCCGGCGAAUGCUUUCGAUAACAUUUUGUAUAGACAAGUCCUAGAUAGCCAGCAGUGCGAGAAACAGUUGACAUUUUUAUCUAGCAACGCUUUGGCAACAUUGUUUGUAGAUGCGAGUGGUAAAAUUCCAAAUGGAAUUAUGUCCGGAAAUCUAAUAGAUUACGGAGACUACCAUCAAUGUCUUGGAAUAAAUAACUCAAUCAAUGGAAUGAUGAUUGCAGGAAAGCAUUGUACUUUAAAAAUUCCGUUUCUUCAGAACGAUCUUAGUUUGUUUAACAUAUCGAGCAAUGACUCAUCCAUUACCUCUUUUAUCAGAAGCCUUGUGUCUGGAGUUAAUCUUUUGCAAGAAUAUAAAACCCUACUCAAUACUACGUUUCUUGGAGAGCCCGCAUUAACUGUUGGUAUUUGUAUACCAAAAGUUUGUUCUGUGAGUCAAGUAGCCGAGUACAUCACUAAGGGACUGGGUGUUUCCGUCAACGACUCACAGGUUCGAGUGUCAAGUUUCUGUCGCCUUCCUCAAGACAAGCCAUCCAGCGUCUAUGACUAUAUUUCUAUGUGUUGGCUGAGCAUUAUAUUGCUAUUAACACUGCUUGCCACUUGCUACGAUCUGUUUACUCAAUAUAAAUCUACUUCAGGAAAUACGCUCAUAACCAGUUUUUCGUUGACCAAAAAUGUGCAACGAAUAUUCGCAUUUAAGAAAAGCAACAACUAUAUAGAAUGCAUCGACGGAAUCCGUGCGCUGUCCAUGUUGUGGGUGAUAUUGGGGCAUACUUAUGUCGGUAUAUUUCUGUUGCCACUACAUAAUGUCGUCGGAAUAUUGGAGUGGGUUCAAUGUUCUAUGAGUUGUCUGAUAAACGCAGCCAGCCUGAGUGUGGAUACAUUCCUACUUCUCUCUGGUCUCUUCUGCAUUUACUCCAUUCCUAACAAUGUUACGUCAGAGAGAUACGUAGCCUCACUACAUCUUUUCUAUCUUCACCGUUUGAUAAGAAUAAUGCCACUUCUGGCCAGUGUUGUACUUUUGCAAUCGACUGUGUUCCAUUGGAUAUCCGAUGGACCUCACUGGACUGUCAUGGGUAAUGCAGUGGAAACAUGCAGAGUUAGAUGGUGGUCCACUUUGCUGCAGAUACAAAACUAUGUGAAACCUGUAGAGAUUUGCUUACCCCAGUCGUGGUAUUUAUCGAUGGACACGCAGCUGGUUUUCAUCAGCCCCGUUAUAAGUUACUGGUUGCUCGGGACGAAGCUGAAAGCAAUAUGUGCACUCAUUUUGGCAUUGUCCUUAACUUUGUCAAGUGUCAUUAUUUCGAGUUAUACAAAUAACUAUCCAGCAAAUAUUCUUAACCCUAUGCGGAUGUCUGAAUACAAAAAGUAUUUUGAGGACUACUACAUCAACACGGUGACGCGAGCGACUCCGUUCGUAGUGGGCAUGACGUGUGGGUACAUGAUACGGACUCUGCGCAUGCGCCCUGCCGACCACACAUAUACCGUGUCGAAGCCCAUCUUAUUUUUACUAUGGAUAUUGUCACUCACUUGUCUGUCGCUCAGCACCGUGAUGUUGCAUUUGGCAAUGAGUUCAACACGAAACGACCAAAGUUUAGACAAUUUUAUAAACGCUUUUGUAAGACCCGCAUGGGCAACCGCCGUCGGGUUCAUUAUCUUCGCCUGCUCUCAAGGAUAUGGAGGUCUCAUCAAUAAGUUCCUCUCCCUGCCGUUGUGGAAGGUUCCUUCAAGGAUAUCCUACUCGGUAUUCCUGAUCCAUUUUCCUGUGUUAAUGACUGACAUGAGUUCUGCUACAAAGUCUGUAUAUUUUAGUAACAUUGCGAUGUUGUACAAGAGCGUCGCCUAUAUCACAAUAUCCAUAAUACUGGGAUUUAUACUGACAGUUGUCAUAGACGGACCGUUUUCAAGCUUACAAGGGCUUCUGUUUAAAGGAGAGAUGAAUGGUGAUAGAAAAAAUCGUCAGAACAUCGAGAAGGUCAGUGAAUGGAAGAAAAAGAUUAAAUAACGCUGAAUGUUAAAUGACCAAUAAUUUAUCGUAUGCUAUAAAACAACAAAUAUAUUAUGUAAUUUAAAAUUGUCUUAUGAAAAACAAAUAAACAAUACACCACUAUAAGUAAAAAUAUAACACUGAUAUAGGA